AUGGAAUACAUCAAGAAGGUUUCGUGGGCUAGCCAAUCUCGUUUUCAACUAGUUUUUAUCAUUAUAGCUCUUGUAUCCACUAUCGUGUGUACUUCCGUAACAUUCUACACUCUAAUUAUGCUCCCGAAAAGAAUUCGAAGUGUUGAAAGAACUCUAUCUUUGGCAACAGCUUAUAUUUCGAUGAGUUUUAUUGUUCUAGCUGUUUUCCAAUGA